AUGGCACAAACAACACGUGUAAAGUGGGCAAUGGGUUAUUGGCAUGGAGGCUAUCCUAUGUUAAAAAACAACAAGAAUAAAUGGAUAUUCUCGUCAUGCUCCAUUGAUUACAUCCAAGAAUUUGUUAACCGGACAAAUAGACUCCACAAAAACUGCUUAGCAAAAGUCAAUGACCACCACCCUAAACCAGCUCUUGCAUUAGCCUCACAAAAGUGGGUUGGGGAACUAUAUUCUGUGGAUGAACAGUGUGUCAUUGCCCAAGGAAAAGGCUCGUAUAUGUGCAGGGAAGUUUACAAACAGAAUUUUACGGAGUUUUGUUUGAAAAUGUUUUGCUACAAUCCGAAGGAGGAUACCUGUUAUAUGCAAGAUGGUGGAGAUGGGACGCCGUGCGCUGCUGGGUCUUGGUGUGUGUCCAAUAACUGCGUGAUGGACAGUAGAGCCCCGUCAUCACAUGAUGACAGCUGUCCUUUCGGCGACGCAGAGGGUGUGGUGCAUAACAACCUAACUUGUAAACAAAUUGCUGCAACUCGUCCUAAUGAUUGUUUACGACAAAGCGUCAAACAGAAAUGUUGUGUUUCUUGUAAAACUGCUCAGACCACAUCAGUGCCGGUUGAUGACCAAUGCAAGGCGGCUUUGGGUCCCGACUCAUACUUGUGCAGGAGUGGACGAAGUUAUCGGGAAUCGUCUUACGAAAUAUUAUGUGAAGACCUUUACUGUUUAAAUACCUCUGAUAGCUGCUCAUCUAUAUAUGCUUAUGAUAAAACACCAUGUGGACACAAAAAGUGGUGCAUAGACAGGAAGUGUGUUCAAGAUUCUAACGCACCAGAUGUGUCCGAUGACUGUCCAGUGGGAGACCUUGACAAUGACCCAUCCGUUUCCUACAGCAAUAUGACAUGCGCAGAAAUAAGACAGCACGACAACAACUGGGCAUGUUACAACAACUAUACUAAAAGACAAUGUUGUAAAACGUGUGAAGAUGUCAGAACAAAUUAUAAAGGAUGUGAAUAUGGUGACAAACAUGAGUCUUGCAAGGCAUUGAUAGCGUCUAACCCAUCUAGUUGCUAUCAAGGUGAUAAUGCCAAUAUUUGUUGCUCCUCUUGCAGCAAAUACUAUACACCAUCUCAGAAAGGCUGUGAAUAUGGGGACAAAGAUGUCACUGGCUGUGCAAACCUCAUUAAAUCCCGCUCUGAUGGCUACCAAUGUUACGGCAACAAUGCUAACAUUUGUUGUAGAUCAUGUGGACAGUAUCUGAAUGCAUCAAAUUCUGGUUAG